AGCUUACUGGGAGAUAUCGCGCGUGGGCGGCAUGACAGACCAACACCAUGUCCUGACCGGCCGAGAUGUGCCGGAAGGAAUGCAGAUGAAGCACCUCCGCUGGGUCCACAUGGUCGCGCAGAGCCUCAGGAUAGAGGAGGCGCUCAGCCUGUCGCUACUCGACCUGAACCGCACCGGGCGCAGAGUCGGUGCCAACGCGAGUGCGACCUGGAUCAAGUGCAUCGACUGCGACCUGAGGCUGGCCUACUGGAGUCGACCAAAGAUCGAGGUGCAGCCCCACCUCCUGGCGAUCAAGGACGACCCGAACCAGAGCAGCGCGGCGAUGCCGAACAUCCGCCGCUACAACAAGGGCCAGGACGACAGGAAGGAGCUCCUGAUCAAGCUGAUCAAGACCGACACCUCCAAGAGUCCGGCCGCGGUGAAGGUGCUGGUCCACUCGGAGGCCACGUCGAGGCCUUCAUGCGUACCGAUGCAGGUGGACGAGCUGGCACAGGCAGAGCGGAAGAGCCGACCGAGGACAUCGGAGAGUACCCUUGCAAAGGAUAUGAAGGAGCUGAAGGGCGCAAUUCUGCAGCAGAACGAGUACAUCCAACAGCACAGCCAGGCUCUGCAGUUCCUCAUGCAGCCCCACCUGGCCCAGAUCCAGCAGUGCCAGGAGGCAGCGGUCACGACGGCGAUUCCGGGCACGCCGCGCCAGGCCGACAAGUGGGAGGUGAUCGGUCAGCCAGUCUCCCAGUCGCCGGCGCCGGAGAUGCCGAUCGCAGCGGAGAAGGAGUCCUAG